AGUCAAAUCUUACUCAACAAAAGAUCAUCGGGUCUAAGAGCUAAGUAUGCGAACGGCUCGACACUUGGACCAAGCCAACGGAAUGACAGACACCAAGAUCGACAUGAGAGGCAGCAAACUACGAGAUUUUCACCAAUACUUCCCGACGUGGAAUUAGUCCCCAACCACCGCCCUUUCGAAAUGCCUCAGCCAACACCAAAAAUCUGCACUGUCUCACUCCCUGCAGUGCAGCUGCAGUUGCUCGUUGCUUUUUGCUGGUUGAUCCCAGCCGUGUCUCAGUUGAAUCAAAGACACUUUGUUCUCCACUAUCGAUUAAGUGAUCGACGCGGCUAAGGUCGCGUUAUUGACGUACCCGAACUAUUUGAUCCAACGCAACCCGACAAGGCAAGCAGCAGAGUCAAUCUUGCCAAGUGCAGUGUUUUCAGCUACAUCUUUUCUCUUACGAUUCUGUCAUCGAUAUUGAUCUGGUCAUGGAUGAGCAAUUGGUCCUUGCGUCCACGCCUGCAGACGGUGUACGCGUCCUCGCGUUAAACAGACCCUCCAAACGAAACGCCCUCUCGCAGGAGCUCAUUACCGUGUUUCUGGAACAGCUGAACACGGCUUCCAGGGACGAUGGUGUGCGAGUCAUUGUCAUCACCGGCAGCUCUUCUUUCUUCUGCGCGGGAGCUGAUAUCGGGGAGAUCUCGCGGCUCGAUGCGGAAGACGCGCGGGGCUGCCGCUAUCUGGCGGAGCUUUGCUCGGGGAUGCAGGCCGUGCGCAAGCCCUUGAUAGCUGCUGUUGAGGGAAUGGCGCUCGGCGGGGGCUUUGAGCUUGCUCUCAUGUGUGACCUGAUCUUUUCCGCGGACGGAAGCCGCUUCGGUCUUCCAGAAGUAAAGAUUGGUCUUAUCCCUGGCGCGGGUGGCACACAGCGUCUGACCAACGCAGUAGGAAAGUACAAGGCCAUGCAGAUGAUCCUCCUUGGCCAGCCCAUAUCAGCGGAAGAGGCCCGGUCUGUGGGUCUUGUCACACAGCUGUAUGAGAGCGGCAAAGUCCUCGAGCACGUUGUGAAGGAUCAUGCAUCGACGCUUGCGGCACUGAGCCCCACGGCGCUGGGCUUGGCUAAAGAGGCUAUUUGUAGAUCUGAUGAUUUGGGGGCCGAUCAUGAGUUUGAGAGGAGUUUGUAUUACUUUGCGUUUGGAACGGGGGAUAAGCGAGAGGGUGUCAGGGCGUUCUUGGAGAAGAGGAAACCAGAAUGGGGGCCUAGGUAACUGUACGCGUUGGUCCUUUUGUAAAGUGGCAGUACAUGCAUGACGCGGUGAUGAUAGUUAACGUUCAAAGUGUAUGUUUCUGUCGGGACAUGUCAUAGUGCGCGGCAUAUGCCUGUAUUUUCUUGGGCGAUCCCGUGCUGCCAAGCUUUGCUGUCAGUUGACGAUGUUGUCGAUCAUUGAUUAUCAAUUGUCCAGCCUGGUUGGCCUUGACCGAAUCUGAUUGCUCAG